AUGACAAAUAAUGAACCAGAUGGUACUAUCAUCAAGGAGAACUUAAUUGAUAUCAUAGCCAGAAAAAUUAACCAGCUCCCAGAAGCAGAAAGGAAUCUGCUUGAAAAUGGAUCAACAUAUGUUGGACUUAAGGCUCUCUGUGGCCUAAUAGCAAAUAGUCUUUUUCGACGCAUCUUACAUAUGACACAGGCUCAUACAGCUGCUGGCUUACUAAUGGCAGUGAACCCAUUUUUGACAGCAGAUGUAUCUUAUAAAGGUUUUUUAAGUUUACCUUUGAAUACAGGUGAUCUGCAUUGUGAAACCUGCACCAUAACACGAGGUGGAUUGGUUGGUCUUGUUUUCGGUGGCCUGUAUACCCUGUUUUUUUUGGCUAUCCCUGUGAAUGGUGGCCUAGCAGCUAGGUAUAAUUCAGCCCUGCUACCAGAGAAAGGAAACAUCUUAAAUGACUGGAUUAGGAUUUCUAAGCCUUACUUUAGAAAGAUGUUAUUUCCCAUUUUGCUCCAGACUGGGGAUUUGCUGCAUACCUUGGGUCUAGACAAUAUAAACUACUUAUAA